AUGCCUGACCUGGAUCUUAACAUGGCAUCCUCUUCCUCCCCACUUUCAGCUCUUCCCACUGAGCUCCUGGAGGCCGAGUUUGGUUUGGUCCAUGGCAUGGACCUCUGCCUACAUUAUGCUGCCACAGAUAACAGCCACCUCAUCCUGCACCAUUACAAUCUCACAGGAAGGAUGGCUAACAGAAGGCCCCAGGAAGACAACAUGGGCACUCUCAAGGUGGUCUUCCUUGCUGCUGGUUGCCUCAUUGUCAUGGAGAAUCUACUUGUCCUCAUGGCCAUUGCUCGAAAACUGCGAGUUCGCCGGUGGGUCUACUCAUGCAUUGCCAGCAUCACUCUAAGUGAUCUCUUGACAGGUGUAGCCUAUAUGGUCAAUCUUUGCCUGUCAGGGAGCAGAACCUUCCAUCUGUCACCCACAAUGUGGUUCCUUCGGGAGGGGGUCCUCUUUGUUGCCUUGGCAGCCUCCACCUUCAGCCUCUUAGUAACGGCGAUUGAACGCUACAGCACCAUGGUGAAGUCCAUUGCUGAGAAUGAGGCCAACAAGAAGGCCCGCCUGAGAGGUCUCUUAUUCUCCUGUUGGGUUCUGGCUGUUAUCAUUGGCUCACUCCCUUUAUUGGGCUGGAACUGUCUUUGUGAUUUGCCCAGUUGUUCCACAUUGCUGCCUCUCUAUGCCAAGAAUUACAUUCUCUUCUCGGUGGUCAUGUUCAUCAUUAUCUUGAUGGGCAUAGUGGCACUGUAUGCCUCCAUCUACCGGCAGGUCUUGAAAAGCAACUGGCAAGCCACAUCUAGGUGUGGCCGCAAGAGGUCACUACGGCUGCUGACAACGGUCUUGAUCAUCCUUUUUGCUUUUCUUUUUUGCUGGAUCCCCCUCUUCAUCCUCCUACUGAUGGACAUCUUUUCUGAAACUAGGAGCUGGAAGCUACACAAAGGCUUAGACUGGGCUUUGACCUUGGCGGUGGCCAACUCAUUCAUCAAUCCCAUCAUCUACUCUUUCAGGAGCCAGGAAGUGAGGAGAGCAGUCCUGGACUUACUGUGCUGCUGCUGCCCUGGAGAAUGCCUUACUGUUACUGAUAUUCCAUCAGGCUCUUCCACGGGCACAGAAAGCUCCUUGAAACCACAAGAGAGCUUUCGAAACUCCAAGGCAAUUAACAUGAGGAGGGCUAGAGAGCCUCUUUCCAGUAAUUCCAGUGCCAUGAGUACCAUGCUACCAGAUGACACAUCAGAGUUGCAGCUGGCUAGAUGGGAGGAAAGCCACAUACAUUGUCCUGAAUCCAUAGAGGAAAGGCGGGUUAAAAAUCUGUUAUACACCAUGAACUAG